UCUCUGAUCUCUGAGGCGAGGAGGCAAUAAGCAUAUAAAUUAUUCCUUGCGCCCUCGCGCCUCGGCAAUCUCUGAGGUGAGGUUUGCUUUAUACUUUGCUUUGAUCCAUCCAUACUCCAAACAGGCAGCAGCACCACGUCCACGUCUUAAAUAUUCUUCUUCUUCCUCCUCCGGCAAGAUCAGAGUAUUAAGAUCAAUCAUAUUCAUAUUUCAUAUGAGCUCCGGAGCUGCUGCAGCCAAGCCACGUACGCACGAAUGCCGCCGCAGCCGCAAACAGGAACAGCAGCGGCGGCAGGAGGUCGCAUCGCGCAGCGCACCCGGGACAGCUGCGUGGCCGUCUUCUGCAGCAGGCUCUGCUCCCUCCUCCUCGCCGUCAUCCUCGUGGCCGGCGUCGCGCUCUUCGUGGCCUGGCUCAGCCUCCGCCCACACCGCCCGCGCUUCGCCCUCGCCUCCUUCUCCCUCUCCGGCCCGGUCCCGGGGGGGCAGGCCGCCUUCAACGUGUCGGACCGCAACCCCAACCGCCACAUCGGCAUCUACUACGACGGCGCCACGCGUGCCUCCCUCCGCUUCUACGACGCGCUGGUCGCCUCCGGCCCGGCCUUCCCCGCCGGCUGGUACCAGCCCAACAUGACCACCAUCUCCAUCGCCGGCGUGCUCGACGUCGUCGGCCCCACGCCCGCCGACCCCGCCGCCUGGCACUCCUUCUCCGCCGCGCUCCACGCGGGGCGGCUCCCCCUGCGCCUGGAGCUCACCUUCACAGGCGUCCGGUUCAGAGUCAGCAGCGUUUUCCACUCGGGGCGGCAGAGGAUGCAUGUCAAGUGCGACCUGCUCGUGGGCGCCGACGGCAACCUGCUCGGCGAAUCCGUGGGGACAUCCUGCGACAGAUACUUUUGAAUUCUGAUUACUUAGUACUAGUAGAUUGUUGUUGGAGGCUUGGAGCUCGAUCGAUUUUUAUUUGCUAUAUAUACUAUAGUACAAGGACCAACCGAAAGCUAAUUAAUUCGUCCGACCAUGAUUUAUUGAUCUUCCAUGCAUGCAUGCAUGAUGUUGUUCGUUCGGAAAAGAAACAAGGUGUUUUUCUUUUUCUUUUUUGAACCUUUAUUACUUAGGUAAUUAUAAAAGGAUCAAAGUUUUUACUUCGUACACCAACUUUUCUAAUUUUUGGUCUAAGUUGUCUUGUCUUUUCCCAAGAUAUAAGAAAGUUAUAUAUCAGAUCAACAACUGUAUUUAGCUGGCUAUGAGAAGUAUGCCAAACGAAAUGGCUUCACACACGACACGGACUGCACGAUCUGCGAACGAUACGCAGUGUGCAUGCAUCAGCUAACAGAAAAACCAACUCCCUCCUGGAUGUACGUGCGCUGCUGUGCUGCCACAUGGGAUCGUGCAUAUGUCGGCUGCAAUUUCAUUGUGUGUAUAGCAUCGCUCUAUGCCAAAUAUGUUUUCCAGAUGGAUUUAUUCUACACCUUAUAUUAAUGUUUUCUUUACUAUUUAUUACUUUACCUGUGCUAACUUUUAGAUUUAAAUACUUUAAAAUUUCAAUGAUUAAAAAGUGGACCCUAUACCAAUAAUACACAUUUUUUUAAUAUUAAUUAGGUUAAUAUGAUAUUAGGCGAAUGCGGUGGAUUAGGU